AUGAACACAAAUGAAGACGUUGUAAUGAAUAGUAUCAACCAAACAUUGAUGACCCACUCAGAAGCUUUCGGAAUCAUCUUUAAACAUAUUGAGAAUUUCUCAAAAACAUUGGACGGAUUAUCUAACCACAUCAAUAAUCGGAAACAAAAGGUAAAGUCAGUUAAAUUAGUCUCCGACAGCAACCAACCAAUUAAACCUAAACAACCUCUUCCUCCAAAAACAACACUCAUAGAACAAACUCCAUCCCCUGCACAUCCUUAUCGAACUGAUGGACCAUCAAACCAAAUAUCUAAAAACAAAAAUAUUACACAUCCAACAAACAAAUCGAAAAUCAACAAUCAAAAUAAGACAACAAACUUCAUCACCAACACAAACCUCACCAAACCAAUUGAAACAAGCACAAACCUCAUCAAACCAAUUGAAACAACUUCAAAGCCCCAAAGUCAACCCCAGCUUCAAUCUAAGAGCCCACCUAUCAACACCAGCUUCAACCUGAAUGAAUCGCAAUCGUCAUACUUGCAAAUAGCCAAGACAGCCAAGAACAUUACAUUUGAUCCAACAAAAAAAACUCCGCAAAUCAAAUCCUACAAUACAACAACAACCAUGUACCCUCCUGCUAAAAGAGCUAAAACAAUUAACUAUUCUCACUGUGUAUCUAUUUACCUCAGUAAGCAUAUCGACUCAGACAUCACUGAAUUUAUUACAGAUGCAGUCAAAGAAAAACUUACAUCAUGGUACAUACCUAACGACAAGACGCAUGUACUCCAACUUGUCUGUAACAAUCAUGAAGAUUAUGUAUCAACCUUGGGAAUUUUAAACUCACAAUCAACAAGAGACUCCAGUCCAUUCAAAUACGUUGUGACUCCUAUGAAUUUCUCACCAGCUGAACACACCCUCAAAUAUCAUACUUCAUCAUAUGACGAGAUGAUGAAGUAUACUACACACAUUAUCAAAAAUUUUUGGAAAAGAACUAAUGGAAUUAAAGAAACUAAUACCAAGAAAAAUAUCAAAACUGCGAUACAAAAGAUGGUGGAAAAAAGCAACUGUGUCUUCCAAUCAAACCACUUAGAGAUUAUUAACAAACCUAGCCCAUAUCGCCCUGGAGAGCAUUAUUAUAUAGCCAAUUACAAAGCAACUAAUGUUGCAGAAUUGGAAAAAAUUACAAAAUUCCCAACAAGUAUCACUCCACCAAAUGGCACAAAACCAACCUCAAAAAAACUCAUAUCUACAACCAAAUAUUUGGUAGAAAAAUUCAAAAAACAACAAGAAAACGAAGUGACUGGUGCAACCAAUAAUUUCCAAUUCAAUAAUGACCUCUCAGCAUUAGAAAAGAAUCACAAAUCACUUCAAGUAGAAUGUACUGAAAACUCAAUCAAACUGGAAUCACAUUCUAAACAAAUACAAAACAUCACCAAUACACUAACAGACCACACAAAAUCCAUACAGACCAUUUUUGAAAAACUCAACGAAAUAGCUUCCAAAAUGGAAAAUAUUGAAUUACAUUUGACAAAACCGUACCAUCAAUUAAUUCAUGAAUCCAAGGAUGAUGUAGAAGAUGAAGAUGAUGAAUCUUAUCACCCAAAACCAAAUGAAAAUAGUGAUGAUGAAAUGGAAUAUGACGAAGAAGAAGAUAUAGUAGAACCUAGAAGAGGUGAUAAACCUCUUGGAAAUAAGAACAAUUAA